UACCACAUCCGGAAAGGGAUCCAGUCCGGGUGUCGCACGUUGAUGACGUAACAGCAGUACAAACCUCAACGUUAGCCGUUUUGACAUCUUAAUUGUGUUUUAACCACCGACUGACUUCAGAACGCAGGAGAUGUCCUCUUUGUGUGGCCCCAGCAGCAGCUGCCAAGAUGCAGAUCAAGCGGCUGCAGAGAAACAAGAGAAGGAGCAUCCCCGGGUCCUCAUCCCCGAGUUGUGCCGCCUCUUCUACCAGCUGGGGUGGGUGACGGGGACGGGCGGAGGCAUCAGUCUGAGACGAGGAGAGCAGAUCUACAUCGCGCCGUCGGGCGUCCAGAAGGAGAGAAUACAGCCAGAAGACAUGUUUGUGUGUGACGUGGCCGAGAGGGACAUCAGCUGUCCACCUGCCUGGAAGAACUUGAGGAAGAGCCAGUGCACGCCGCUGUUCAUGAACGCCUACACUAUGAGAGGGGCACAGGCCGUUAUACACACCCACUCCAAGGCUGCUGUCAUGGCAACACUGCUGUAUCCUGGCAAAGAGUUCACCAUUACGCACCAGGAGAUGAUCAAGGGGAUCCGUAAAGACCGCUCGGGCACCAACUAUCGGUACGACGAGAGCCUCGUCGUGCCCAUCAUCGAAAACACGCCGGAGGAGAGGGACCUGACGUUCCGCAUGAUCCGCGCCAUGGAGGAGUACCCCGAGUCGUGCGCCGUCCUCGUGCGCCGCCACGGCGUCUACGUCUGGGGGGAGUCGUGGGAAAAAGCCAAGACCAUGUGCGAAUGCUUCGACUACCUGUUUGACAUCGCCGUGCAGAUGAAGCGGUGCGGCCUGGACCCCUCGGCCCGGCCCACGGAAGAACGGGGGCUGGUCUGACAUUCACCGCGGCUUUUUUUUUUUUUUUUUUUUCAAGACGGACGUGUUGCGGAAAGGGAGAAGGCUUUGAACCUGUUUAUCCGGUGCGACUGGUUGGGAAGCUGUCGCAUCCAUAACUCCGUACCGUGUGCUCCAGGAGCUCCACUAAACACGACGUCUAAUGACCAGCAGUCACCUGUUCAUGAAUACUUCAUCAGUCCACUGCAUUAAUAGAGUAUUAUUUCAUGCUCGCGUGAUAUACUUGUUAUUCUUUGAGGAGAUGCCAGCGUGUCUGACUUCAAACGCAUGAGGUUCAUUACGACUGUGAGAUGCAGCUCAGUCUCAAACAGGUGGAUUGGACAUUAGAUCAUGUAAAUCAUCUAAGAUGAAAACUCUGAAUUAAUAUGACCUCUUAUGUGCAAAUGUGUACACAUAUCUGCCUAAUACAUUAAUAAAGGAUAUAUUUAUGUAAUUAAUGAGUAAGAUGCUGGAUUUACAGGAGAAGCGAUGAGAGAGAGAAUGUUUGGCAUCAUUUAUGAAUCUUGUCUUCUUCGACCAGGAACCACGGAACGCAAAGUCAUACAUGAUGUUGAUCCUACAUGAGAAAAGGAAGUAAUGCCACUAAAUGAGAGCGCUGGUGCAACAUUGUUCCCCAGAGGCCCACCGGUGAGGAACGUAUCACUCUCCACUUGACUCCAGGUUAAAGACUUUGUUAGUUUAGCUGUUAAAUAUCUGACGGGGUCAACACUCGUUUGUGUUGGUGUCCUUGAAGCAGUUGGGCCACAGUGAUGAAUAUGUCUGACAUGAAGUCACCUUAUGCAUUCCCUCACAUCCUUCAUCUUACAUGCAAGUGCAGUCAAGACCUUUUAUUUGAAAAUGUGACCGUUUUACUCAACUUAAGUUACGUUAUUCCAUUUUAAUUAGGAGUAACAUAACCGUAAUUCUCAAAGAAUGUUUCUUUCAUAACAUUUCGGUACAUUAAAGAAAAUAAUAGAAAUCAAAUAGUAUACCUUAAAUGCCAUAGAAUUGUGUCAUGUAACACAUGGCACAGUUUAAAAAGUAUAUAAUAUAAAUCAAAAGGGUUACAGGGCAUGAAAAAUGGCAGAAUAGAUUGUUAUAAAGAAGACAACAAAAGCCAAGUAAAGUAAACCAAACUAAUGUUAAAAAACUCCAAUCGUAGUAUUUCAUUUCAAGGCUAUAAAGUCAUAAUAAGGAUGUUAAUAAUGCUACCAAGUCUAAAAGUCCCAAAAUACAUUAAAAUUGUACAGCGUAGUUGUAUAGUAGGCUAAAGUAUUUCUUUUAAGAGACUCAAACUCCCACGUCUCAUGUGGACAAAUGUCCUGCUACAGCAUGUCAACACGUCAGAAAGACUUUAUGAAAAGUCAUAAAAACAUCAUUUAGUGUGACAUCAAGUCAUGAAAAUGUCAUGGCAUAGUGACCGGUGACAGGAGGCGGUCAUAAGGGUCAAGAAAAAGUCGUAUACUAUGUUGAAAAUGCUAGUAUUGUUUAUAGAGUAGAAUUAUGUGCUGUAAAUGUUGUAAAAACAUCACACUUUGUCAAAAAUAAGGUCCUUGUAUCCAAUGUGGACAAACUAUUCACAAAAAAGCAUAAAAUCAGUUAUAGUAUAUUCUUUCUAGGAAAAAAAAUGAAACAUGGAUUUCUAUGCCGUAAAAUAUCCUUGUGUGUAAUUUUCAAAAAAGCAUCAAGGCUCAUAAAAAGUCACGUUAUGUCACACGAGGUCAGAGCAGUAUUUAUAACUGUAGCCACAAUUAAUUGAAAACAUUUAACGAUGAGCAACUUUUACAAACACAUUCAUUUGAUCCACUGUUAAUAAAGAAUUUUUGAAUGAAACCGCUUUGCUGGAUGGUGUUUAAUGAA